AUGAUGAGUGUGAUUUAAUUUCAUUAAUUCUUAUAAUUUUUUUAACAAAGAGCAAUCAAUAUGAAGGAACAAGCUUAAAGGCAAACUAGAUUUUAAUCCAAGGCUGAAUCAUGUGGAAUAUGCUAUAAUGCGAUUGAGAAUUAAGGAGUUCUGGAUAGCUGCAAUCACUCAUUUUGUUCAGAUUGCAUUAAAAAAUGGUCAAAUAUUGAAAACACAUGUCCUCUAUGCAAAUAGAAAUUCACCUAAAUUGAAUCCAAGUGGAAGAGAGUAUAUUUUGAAAUUAAUUCAGGUUCAUUACAAAAGCCAUAAGAUAUCAAAGCGAAAAUGUAAAUAAAACAAGAUUUAUGUUAAAGAUAAAAGUUAGUCACAAAAGGAAGAUCAGUUUAAUGUUUUACUUGA